AUGAGUGAAGAAGGCAGCCCCAGAAACUCCGUAGAGGAUGUUUUCAUUCCCAAGGAACUUCUCACAACUGCUAAAUUCAACUCGCCUUGGGAAUUGGCAAGAUGGGAACAAUCCCUACCGGAAAACGACCGUGUAUCUAUUCCUGUGCAGCCUCGCACCUCUGGUCCUCGUCCACUCAGCCUUUCUGCCUUGCGAGCCGUAGCACGCCCUCGAUCUGCUAUUCGACCUCGUGGAUGUAGCGAUCCACCGGUUUUUCAAGGAACAACAUUCGAACACUUUUUAACGCCAGCUACAUUUGAGCCAGCAUCUCCAAUUCCCGAGAAGGAGCCCAUCACCCCAGUUCAAAAUGCUUUCGUUAGCCCUUUGACCAGGAGCAAGUCGAGCUCCCAAGCAUCCAGUGGGGAACGGAGCGAGUUGCAAGAAGUCUACGAAAAGGCUAAAUUAAGAGGCGUGGCUAUUCAACGCAAGCAUUGGGUUCGCCUUCUGUUCGAAUACAGCAUUUACGCCUUCCUCAUUCUUUUUAUAUACUUUGUCCUGGUGGGUAUGCCACUGUGGAAAGGUGCCGUUUGGUGGCUUUACUACGUUGUUCGAACAAAGUUCGUUAUUCAAGGUGGAUAUGCCAUUACUAUUGGGCUGGCAGCACUGUACGCAUUCUGCCCUUUGAUGAUUCUAUUCGAAAAAGACCCGGCUACUCCUGAAACGGGGCCAAGCGACGUCGAGAGCAACACCUCGAAUGUCAACUCAACCGCCCUUCUCAUCCCCUGCUAUAAAUCAGCCACCAUCAUCGGCCCAACCCUGGAAGCGGCUCUAAAAAUCUUCCCAAAACAAAAUAUCUUCGUCAUCGCAAAUGGCAAUUCCAAGACACCCCUCGACAACACAGAGGAGGUCUGCAAGCCAUUCGGCGUCAACCAUCUCUGGGUGCCCAUUGGCUCUAAGAUCGUGGCCCAGUUUGUUGGAUGUUAUGCCGCCAAAGACUUUGAAAAUGCAGUUCUCAUCGAUGACGACUGUCUCCUGCCCCCGAAUUUCCCCAUUGUCAGCGACAGACUGAAGGGAAAUGUGAAAUGCCUGGGCUACACAAUUAAGAGCGUGGGUCCCAACUCCUCCAAAGGCACAUACUGCCAGCAGGCGCAAGAUCUCGAAUAUAAGAUGUCCGGUAUCCAACGGGAAUUCUUCGGCAAGAUUGGAAGUGCCACUUUCCCACACGGUGCUAUUUCAUUGUGGAAUAUCGAGUUCCUGAAACAGACUUUCCAUGAACAUCCUGGUUUCUCGGUAUCGGAGGACUGGUUCUUCGGUGAUGCGUGUCGUCGUCUCGGUGGCCGUAUCACCAUGUGCUCGCAGGUCUUCGUCGAGACUGAAACCCCCUCUUCGGUCUUUAUCAGCGGAAGUGGGAGUCGUGGUGGAUUCGGUGAGAUGACUAUCUUCCAACAGCGAUUCAAGAGAUGGAAUUUCUUCUUUGUCGUUGGAAUGUACUACGACCUCAAGUAUAUUCUCACGAGCUGGAAGCUCGGCUGGUGGGAAAUUGGGGCUAAACUUUGCGUCUUUCAAGAGGUUUAUGAAACUCUCAUCUACCUCUUCGCUCCUUUCAUCCUACCCAUAUCAUUCGUCGUUCGUCCCUCAUUCUGUGGAAUGUUACUGGGCGUGACGAUCGGAAUGUACAUCAUCAACGUGAUCAUUUUCAACGAGAUCCACCUCCGCCUCAAGAAAGAACGCAUCGAUUGGAAAGUGCUUCUUUUCUACUAUACCUUCUACAAGAUUGCAUUGACCAUCAUCAAUGUCUUCAGCUGUUACUGGUCAUUGUACAAGUACGCCCGCUACUUCGCGCAACGGCAUCCAAAGGUCAUUGAAGAUACGGGUGCAGUUGAGGUUCUGCUGAGUUUGGAGAAAGACUCCAGACGCUCGUCUACUGAAGACGAUGUCAUUCCGCUUGAUGCGGCUGGCGAGCUUGGUCGUGGUCUUGGACGCAAGUUGACGUUGACUAAGGUUCAGGCUGGUAAGAAGCCUGCUCGAUCUGAAUUUGAUGAAAAGGCGGCUGCUAUGGGGUGGGCUUGA